AAUGCUCCCACUUCUCCCACAGCCGGCUGCUGGGUUAGCUAGCUGUUAGCUUAGCGUCGUUCACACUAUGGUUUAAACACCACCGGGGCGGUCAGCUAGCAAACCGGAGGACGGCCUGGGACGAAGCUCACUGCUACCGCAUCACAAUUUACCGCGAGUCUCUGUGUUGUGGUCGCUACUGAAGAUUCAGACAAUGGCAGACAAAGAAGGUGGUGCAUUUGAUGAUGCAGUGGAGGAGAGGGUGAUCAACGAGGAAUACAAGAUCUGGAAGAAAAACACUCCCUUUCUCUAUGACCUGGUUAUGACCCAUGCCUUAGAGUGGCCCAGCCUCACGGCUCAGUGGCUGCCUGAUGUCUCCAGGCCAGAGGGGAAGGAUUACAGCGUGCAUCGACUGGUGUUGGGCACUCACACGUCCGAUGAGCAGAAUCACCUGGUUAUUGCAAGCGUCCAGCUGCCCAAUGAUGAUGCCCAGUUUGACACCUCGCAUUAUGACAGUGAAAAAGGAGAAUUUGGAGGCUUUGGCUCAGUCAGCGGCAAGAUUGAUAUAGAAAUCAAGAUCAACCAUGAAGGAGAGGUGAACCGUGCCCGCUAUAUGCCCCAGAACCCCUGCAUCAUUGGCACUAAGACCCCCACCUCGGAUGUGCUGGUGUUUGACUACACCAAACAUCCCUCCAAGCCAGAUGUUUCUGGAGAGUGUCACCCUGAUCUGCGUCUUAGAGGCCAUCAGAAAGAGGGCUAUGGUCUCUCAUGGAAUCCAAAUCUGUCAGGCUCUCUCCUAAGUGCAUCAGAUGAUCAUACAAUCUGCCUGUGGGACAUCAGCGCUGCACCAAAGGAGGGCAAGAUAGUUGAUGCAAAGACGAUCUUCACAGGUCACACUGCUGUGGUGGAAGACGUCUCUUGGCACCUGCUUCACGAGUCACUCUUUGGAUCAGUAGCAGAUGACCAGAAGCUCAUGAUCUGGGACACUCGCUCAAACAAUACCUCCAAACCCAGCCAUGCAGUCGAUGCCCACACAGCAGAGGUCAACUGUUUGUCAUUUAACCCUUACAGUGAGUUCAUUCUUGCCACUGGCUCCGCGGACAAGACUGUGGCUCUUUGGGACUUGAGAAACCUGAAACUGAAGCUGCAUUCCUUUGAAUCACACAAGGAUGAGAUCUUCCAGGUUCAGUGGUCACCUCAUAACGAAACCAUUUUGGCAUCCAGCGGAACAGACCGCCGCCUCAAUGUCUGGGACCUCAGUAAAAUUGGAGAGGAGCAGUCACCAGAAGAUGCAGAGGAUGGCCCGCCUGAGCUGCUGUUCAUCCAUGGAGGCCACACAGCCAAGAUCUCAGACUUCUCCUGGAAUCCCAACGAGCCUUGGGUCAUCUGUUCCGUGUCUGAAGACAACAUCAUGCAAGUCUGGCAAAUGGCUGAGAACAUCUACAACGAUGAAGAUCCUGAGGGUACCACAGACCCUGAAGCCACAGGCUAACAUGUCCGCCUGCUGCGCGCAUUUACCUGCAGCCUCUUCACAAACCGUCACCUCAGUAGUUCGACGCAGCUGUUUCUUCCAUCUGCUCUGCUUUACCAGUGGGACACUGUUACGCUGCAAGACUGAAAGGAGAGUCAUCGCUUGUAGCCAUUCCCGCAUUCGGAAUACUCAAAGCGAGGACCUCUCCUUUCACUAACUUGCUGCCUGAAGGAUGUCACCCAUGGUUUUUGCAAUGUACCUAAAAUAUGAAUAUUUUUAUAAUCAAAUUGGCUCUUCCUUGUACACUGAAAUGUUUUGCAAAAUGCUUUUUCAAAUACAAAAAAAAAAGGUGAUCAUACGGACAGCCUAAUAUUGUUGGAGGGAAAAAAUGUUUUAAGUAAAAAACGCCAGCCAGCAUUUGACGCAUUGCACAACAUAAGCCGUGUUUCCAUGUAUUUUUAUGCACAUUUUGAAGCAUUUAGAAAUGUUAAUGGAAACAGCAAAUUGGGGAUUUUUUUUUUUUGAAAGAGAAAAACAGUUAAAACAGUGAAAACACCUUUUCCAAAUAAGUUUUGAUGUAGUGAACAUUUAACUCACAAGACUGAUGAGCUGUUAUCGCUUAUUUUCAUCUCCUUUUUUUAUUUUAUUUUUUUGCCUCUGGACAGCGUAGCCAAUACCAGCUGACAUGAAACAGUAAAUGUUCCGGUUUUUACAGCAGCUGUUUGAAUUAAAUUAGAGUGAAUCUGUAUUUGAAACUGUCUGUUUGUGUUCCCAUCUUCCCUUGCCUCAUUCAUACAUAACUCAUUUAAGUGUCGUAUAGAUUAGCGGACAAUUUCCUUUUUCUAUGUUUAAUAUUUUGCAUUUGUACAGUGAGAUCAUUCUUAAUAAAUUGUCUUUAAUCUCUCUUUGCA